CGCGAUCGUGCCACAGCUCGCGCGUUCGUCGUCGUCUUCUUCCACAGCUGGCAGGCUUUCGCCUUCAUGUUUCAAAAACGUGUAACACUUGCUUACAUUUUAGUUUCAAAAUAUUUUAUAGUUAAAUUUGUAAUUAUUUGUUAUUUUCUAUUUUCCUGAUUCUUUCCCAAUUAUCUCAGUUGUUUUUCUCGGAAUUACUAACCGCCUUCUAAUUCUAUCCGCAUCAUGACUAAUCCCCACAUAGUGGGUACGAGCCAGGCACCGAGGGCAUCGAACAAAUUGACGAGAAGAACGCUUGAUGGCUGAAGUCGUGAGUAGUCACAGCCGGUUCCUUCGGGUUAGGCCGUGGGCGCGGAGCCAAAGUGUAGCAGCAACCUCCCGGCGGCCUUGUGGCGCAGGUUGGGGCGCCGUGGGAUGCACCUGGCACAAGAACGUCCAAAACCGAGGCGUCUUGGCGGCUGGAGCGGACUGCUGGGGUGAGGCAACCCCGGAGAAGGAGCAGCUCACUUUCAUCUACGGGGGCGUCCGCCAUUCGGAGCGUGGCAGAUCAGGGAGUAGCACCGCCGGCCGUGCAUACUUCGAGUGCAACCAAGAAGGGCAUAUGAGCCGGGGCUGUCCCACUGCUGACUACGACGCCGCGGCCGAGGCUGCUUCAAGUGUGGCGAAGAAGGCCACAUGAGUAGAGAUUGACUUUCAGACACUUGGGCGGAACACACCCAGAAGGGGGCCGCUAUACGAUUGGUGUGCGGCCAGAAUAGGUGUUAUAUGUGUGUAUUUUG